CCACCGAAAUUGCGGCGUUGUAGAGAAGCGAAGUAAAAGAAAAACUUGUAGUAGCAGCACUCCACUCUCUCUCUAUCUGGCAGUUAGAGCGUUGGAUUAGGGAUCUGAAAAUGAGUCGAUUUAAUGCUGAUCCAAAUCCCUUCGAUGAACAAGAAGAAGCGGUCAAUCCUUUCUCGAAUGGUAGUAGAGGUCCUGCAUCGAAGGCUCGUAACGAAUACGAUGCAACAGUUGAUAUACCACUCGACACAAUGAAUGUGCAGGAUUCGGAUCCGAAGAAGAAGCAGAGAGAGCUGGCUUCUUGGGAAGCAGAUCUUAAGAGGAGGGAAAAGGAAAUUCAAAGGAGAGAAGAUGCUGUUUCAAAAGCUGGCGUCCCUGUAGAUAACCGAAACUGGCCUCCUUUUUUCCCCAUCAUCCAUCAUGAUAUAGCCAACGAAAUACCAAUUCAUGCUCAAAGGCUGCAGUAUUUGGCUUUUGCUACUUGGUUAGGUAUAGUUCUUUGUCUUGUCUUUAAUGUUAUUGCUGUGCUGGUCAAUUGGAUUAGAGGCGGAGGAGUCAAGAUUUUCCUUCUUGCAUCCAUCUAUGCUUUGUCUGGAAUUCCUAUGUCAUAUGUGCUGUGGUACAGGCCACUUUAUCGUGCAAUGAGGACUGAUAGUGCAUUGAAGUUCAGCUGGUUUUUCCUUUUGUACUUGCUACAUGUUGGCUUUUGUAUAUUUGCUGCUAUUGCUCCUCCAAUUGUCUUCCAUGGAAAGUCAUUGACUGGUAUCCUUCCAGCAGUUGAUGUCAUUUCUGACGAUUUGUUAGUUGGGAUUUUCUACUUGGUGGGUUUCGGCUUGUUUUGCUUGGAGUCUCUUCUUAGUUUGUGGGUUCUUCAGAAAGUUUACAUGUAUUUCAGAGGGCAUAAAGGAGAUAACUAAAGGUUGAUGAACCGAUAAAGGUUCUAGUAAAUCUCAGAGUGGUUUGGUAUAUAUUCUUAAUUCUAUAUUUUCUCAUUUCUUUGCUGCAAUGAUCUUUUGAUCUCAUACAGUUAGAUGAGUUUGUAAUCUAUGUUUAGGAAUUGAUCUAUUCAGCUUCAACAUGAAUUUCGGUCCAUCUUUAAUAUACAAUCAGUUUUUUUUUU